AUGGAUGGUUGGCCAUCCACAAUCGCAGAUGUUGAUGCUUUUCAGUCCCUAGAGCCUAUAUGUGUGGUUCCUCCAGAUGCUAACCAAGAUCCACAGCCAAAUCUUACUAACCAUGCUGAGGAGCCUAAUCCUGUUAGCCCUAGUGCUCAACCAGAUGGCGGAGCAGAGCCUGAACUAGAGCCUGACAGGGAGCCAGACAUGUUUGAUAAUGAGGAGGAAUAUGUGGGUGUUGAUGAUGAGGCAAUGUACAUGCCAGUACCUCCUCAGUACACUAACAAUGUGCAGGCUUCUAACCAUAUUCCUCCAGAACCAUUUGUUAAUGUCGUUGCAAUCGAUGAUGAGACAGAGGUUGAUGAUGCAGAUCCACAGGAGGUCCAUGUGAUCUAUGAUCCACAAAACCCCAACAUUGUCAAGGGAGCACGGUUUCCUGAUAUUAUUUCAUUCAGGAAGGCAAUUAGGCAUUAUGCAGUGAAGAAAGGCUUCGAGUUUGCUAAUUUGCAAACUGAUCCAUCAAGAUUUAUUGCCAAGUGUAAAGCAGAGGGGUGUCCAUGGCGCAUCCAUGCUUCUAGGAUUUUUGACGGCAAGACAAUAGAGAUCAAAAGGCUGCCUUUCGAACACGAGUGUCCUACUACCAAAUUCCAAGAAACAAAGAUGGCCAACCAAGGUUGGUGUGCAGAUAAUUUGACAGAUUGGCUGAAGAAGAAUCCAACCAAGGGUGCAACUGACUGCAAGGAGAAGUUGGAGGGUGACUUUGGCAUCCAAUUGAAGUACUCCAAAGCAUGGUCAGGUAUGCAGGUAGCCUUAGACCAGAUACAUGGUAAAUAUGAUGAGAGCUUUCAGUUGCUUUUUAAUUGGGCUGCUCAAAUUGAGCAAGUUUCUCCUGAGAGUUUAGUAGAGAUAGAGGUGGAGAAAAUAGGUGAGAAACACAGGUUCAAGAGGAUGUUUGUAGCUCUUGCUCCAUGUAUUCAAGGAUUUUUGGAUGGGUGCAGACCUUUCAUUGGUGUAGAUGCUUCCUGUUUGAAUGGUAAAUAUAAAGGUCAAUUAGCUUCUGCUGUUGGUGUGGAUGGACAUAAUUGGCUAUACCAUAUAGCUUAUGGAAUUUUUGAGUCGGAAACUGAAGAUAAUUGGAGAUGGUUUUUGGACCAGCUGAAAAGGAAGAUAGGAGAUGUCCCAAAUCUGGUUAUAUGUUCAGAUGCAUGUAAAGGACUAGAAACUGCAGUGGGGGUUGUUUUCCCACUAGCUGAGAACAGGGAGUGCAUGAGGCAUUUGUAUCAGAACUUCAUGAAGAAAUACUCUGGUGAUGUGUUUACUGAUCACUUGUACCCUGCAGCUAGAAGCUACACAAAGUGGCUAUUUCAGUGGCAUAUGAAGAGAAUUGCAGAUUUUGAACCUAAAGCCAUUGAAUACCUUGAGAACCACCACAACAGGAUCUGGUAUAGGUGCAGCUUCGGUGAGAAUAGCAAGUGUGACUACUUGACAAAUAAUGUAUCAGAGAGCUUCAAUGCACAAAUAAAAAAGUUCAAAGGAUUGUUGUUGCAUGAAUUGGUGGACAGAAUCAGAGAACUUAUAAUGGAGAAGAGAUAUGCAAGGAAGAUGAUUGCUAGGCAGUGGGCAGAUGGAAUCCUACCUAAUGUGAUCAAGGAGCUCAACUUGAUCAGCAAUAAUCUCAAGGUUGUGAAGAUUGUUGUUAGUGAUGUUGAUAUGGCUGAAGUAACCAUCUUAGAUGACUGGAAUAAUCAGAAGAGGGAGACAGUUGACCUAAAGAACCAUAGUUGUGGCUGCAGACAAUGGCAAGUGAUAGGGAAACCAUGCAAACAUGCAUUGGCUUGGAUUUUGUCUAAUAGAGGGCUAAGAAUUGCAGACUAUGUACAUGAGUACUACUCAGUGGCAAGGUUCAAGGCAGCCUAUGAGCAAAGAAUUGAACCAAUCCCAGAUAGGUCACAGUGGCCAGUUGUGGAAUUGCCAUUCAAAGUACACCAACCCUUGCUAGGCAGAAGUGCAGGAAGACCAAAGGUUCAGAGACAGAGAGGUUGUUUGGAGAAAAGGGCUUCCAAAAAAAAGGUCAAAUGUAAGAGAUGUGGAAAUUUUGGACAUUUUGGAAAAACUUGCAAACUAGCAGAGGUUGGAAAAGAUGGUGAGAGAGCUCCAGCAAGGGGAAAGGCAAAUAAAAGAGACCAAACAAAUGAAGCUGGAGCAUCCCAAACAAAUGAAGCCGGAGCCUCCCAAGCCAAGAAAUUGAAGAAGUGCACCAGCAAAAAGAAGAAAAAGACUCCCGUGAAGAAAAGGCUCAUGAAGGCUGCAGCCAACCCUCCUGUGACUGUAGUUAGUAGCCUUAGGAGGCUGGUCUAUGAAGACUAG